AUGAAGGCAAGGAGGCUGGGAGACAAGGAGGCUGGGAGACAAGGAGACUGGGAGACAAGGAGCCUGGGAGACAAGGAGCCUGGGAGACAAGGAGACUGGGAGACAAGGAGCCUGGGAGACAAGGAGACUGGGAGACAAGGAGACUGGGAGGCAAGGAGACUGGGAGGCAAGGAGACUGGGAGGCAAGGAGACUGGGAGACAAGGAGCCUGGGAGACAAGGAGACUGGGAGACAAGGAGCCUGGGAGACAAGGAGCCUGGGAGACAAGGAGACUGGGAGACAAGGAGACUGGGAGACAAAGAGGCCACGAGACAAAGAGGCUACGAGACAAAGAGGCUACGAGACAAAGAGGCUACGAGACAAGGAGGCUGGGAGACUAGGAGGCUGGGAGACUAGAAAGCUGGGAGACUAUGAAGCUGGGAGACUAGAAAGCUGGGAGACUAGAAAGCUGGGAGACUAUGAAGCUGGGAGACUAUGA